AUGCAACGUGGCGGCUUUGAUAUGGUGAUAAAGAGCAUUGAUCAUUGGUCAGAUCUCGACACGAUGGAGCUGAGUCCAGUGCUCUCGAAGCUAUUUCCCGUACCGCCUGGUUCACAAACACCUCCUCAGAUUCCACGGGCGCAGUACGGUUACCCGGUACCUCCAGCUCUUCGUCCUCACGCUGGUCCACCACCGGGAAUCACCUUCCCAAACGCUCUGUCGAUGCUCAUGCUACGCUCGAAUCAUGCGGCCCACGUGAGCGGCAGUGUGCACGCUCAGCGCAAGACGUCCAAUAACUUCGAGAUCCAUCCGUUGCAUCCUGAAAUCCGCCACGUUGUGCCGCCGUCAGAUCCUGUGAAGCCGCACGUCGACGAAGUGAGAAGGAAGAAACGGAAUCAGCACAACAAGUCACGUGGUGCUCAUCGCCAGGCAGCCAACAAUUCACUGACGGCGACAGCAGCCACUGCGCCCAUCACACCGAGUCAAAUCGUGGUCUCGUCGACGAAUGCUCCAGGAGGUGGAACGAUCGUGUCGUCACGUGACGAAAAGGGCCAGAUUCAUGUGAGAGUCGAGUACGACCGUAACCAGAUACUUCGCUCCGCCCACUCACCAUAUUCCCUUCUGCCACCCGCGUGUUUGAAGAACAUUGUAAUGAAUACGUCCGAAAUUCUGAGCCGCUUUCCACAGCGACAUGGCAUCAAUCUCACCCCGUCCUCGUUCUGGGUUAGUCCCGCCCCUAGUCAUAUGUGCGCGAUGUUGUGGCGAUCGGCGGUGUUGGUGGCUCUGUGCAUUCUUCCACAGCUCUCUCUAUCUCAACUACCUAUUUGCACCCGAGUGCAGGCUUGUUCUGUUCGGGUCGACACCUAUCCUGUUAUUGAAGACGAUUCGUCGGGUUGGGGUUCGGGUUUGGUGCCGCUAUACGAUGAAGCAUUCGCUUCCGUUACUUUUGACUACACUCAAACCCCGGACACGAAAACGUUCGAGCUCUGUGCAUGUUCCAAUAAUAACACUUGUGAUGAUAGCACUGAUGACAGGAAUCUUCGGUUAGAUGACACUGUGAUGCUGACAUUUUGUGAAGAUGUUCGAUUGCAAUUACCUCUUCAGUGCAGAGGUUCAAGAGGCUUACCGCGAGUGAUUGGAGUCGCUCAUCCUUCAGGAGAAACGGUGUCUAUAGUGAGCUCAACGGCUGUGUUCUGCACGUGUCCGGCUGGAUACGAACGUAUGCGACCAGAAUAUUGGGGUGGAGCGGAGAUAUCAAUCAGUUACAAG